AAAAAACGUGUUCAACCUAACCUAUAAAAAUCGUAAAUAAACUCGUGUUUUUGUCAGGUUUGUGCGCUAAUUUUACCUAACAAACUCAACUAAAGAUGGAUUUUAAAAGCGAGAUGUUCGAAGAUAUGAUAGAUGAAGAUUCCGGCAAUGAAGAUGAUUCUGACGAAAUUUCAGAGGAUGAAAACCAAGAACAGUCAUCGAAUAGCAAACGAAAAUCAUCCCUGGAUAAAUCAGGCGUUAAAAAAGUUAAAUAUGACGACAUUACUGAUAAAACAAAGAACAAAAAUAAAGGUUUGUACAAACCACCGACUGUAGAGGAACUGAAUGAGUUGAAGGAGACUGAAAAUCUUUUUAACAACAAUUUGUUCCGUCUGCAGAUCAAAGAGUUGGUGGCUGAGAUUGAAAUAAAAAAUAAACGUAAGAAAUUCAUUGAAACGUGGUUCAAACAAUUUCAGGCGGUUAUAGGUAAAAUAAAUGAGUAUGAGGGUGUUAUGUUGUCGAAAAUUAAACCUCAAGGGAAGAAAAAGAGGAAAUUUUUGGAUAAUUUGGCAAGUAAAUACGUAAAUUACAUUAAAACUGACCAAGAUUUGGAGUUAAAGUUUGUUAGGCCGGAUAGUGUUGAAGCGUUUGGUUUGUUUGAGUGUAAAUCGUUGCCGGGGCCGCAAUUGGAGUAUAAAAUAAAUCUUAAGAUACCCAAAUCUUGCUUCCAUUUAAAAGAUUUCUUGAAUAAUAGAUAUUUGGUCAAAAGGUAUUACUAUCUUUUGUAUAUAUUGGAAGAAAUAUCUUCCUGUGAUAUAAUUGAUGAUGUUUCGGUGAUGUAUCAUGAAGAUAACUAUUUGUUGCCCAUUUUGAACAUAACACCCACAGGUUGUGACAAAGUAAACAUUAAAAUUUACGCGACUCCUUCAGAAGAUUACUUUAAAGCCUUAAGAUGCCUUCCCGAGCAAAACAACGUUAAAUCGGAUUUAUUUAGUGACAAAAUCGGAAAUUUAGACGACCUAAAAAACACACCAACCUUACUAUAUAACUGUACUUUGGGCCACGAUUUUACCCUUUCAAUAAACAAUGAUUACAUCAAGGGGUUAUUACAUGAUCAACCUAAUGUGCAGGAGGGUUUAAAGUUGAUUUCUGUGUGGGUAAAACAGAGGGAAUUGGAUGUUGGCGUGGUCUCACUGAGUGAAAAUAUAAUACUCUAUGUUGUGGUGUAUUUAUUGUCAAAAAAGAAAAUUAACAAGCACAUGAGCAGCUAUCAAGUUGUGAGGAACUUUUGGAGUUUUAUUGCCACAAAUGAAGUUCCUGUUAGUAUUUGUGAUGUUUCACAGGAUGUUUUGAGCAAGUUUAAGGAAAAUUUUGAUGUUGUUUUACUGGAUAAAACUGGGUGUUACAAUGUUGUGGGUUUUUUGACCCAAGAUUUUUAUAAAAGAGUCAAAAUGGAGUGUGAAAUUGCAUUACAACACUUGGAUGAUAAUAGAGUUAAUAGUUUUCAUACUCUGUUUUUGACAAAAUUACCAUUCCAUCUACAGUAUGAUGUAAUAUUAAGUGUUCAAAACCUGCCAAAACCUGAAGAAAUGCAAUUCACUGACAAAGAAAAGGCGAAAAGCAUUGGAUAUCAUUCAUUAUUGGCUGUAAAAAAUAUUUCAGACACCUUAAAGAGAGGUUUAAAUAAAAGAGUGUUAAAUUUGGUGCCAAGGUUAACAAAUGUAGGCCCAAAUGGAACACCAGAAAAUGUGGUUUUUGGUGUUAAUUUGGACCCAGAUCAUGCCUUUGGUUUUAUAGAGUUGGGACCGGCUUUAAAUGAUCAUUUGGAAGCGGAAAAGUUCAGGAUAUUUUGGGGAAAUUUGUGUAGCAACAGAAGAUUUCGCGAUGGUUCUGCCAAAGUGGCUGUAUACUUCAAAACGAGAACCGUACGCGACAAAAGAUUGAUAAUCAAAAAAAUAAUCGACUUUGUUAUGGGCGAAAAAUUAAGUCUGAACUACAAGUUAUACUACGACGACUUUGAAGACGUUUUGUUGACGAAAAAGUUAAUAACGAGGUACCCGAUAGGCACGAACGAAGAAGUCAGCCUCAAAAUUAUCACAACCUCAGACGAAUUGGGCAAAAAAAUACGCGAGUUAAAAAUGUCGCUCAGUAUAACCGGUGUACAGGGUGUUUCUGAUGUUUACAGUUAUACUGAAGUAUUUCCCCCUCUACCAACAAAUUACGAAGUGGGGGGUAUAAUAACAGAAUCAAAAGAAAAUAAUAUAAUUUUUUCCGACACAAACAAAAUUAAGAAGGUACCUAGAUAUGCGCAAGUUGUUAAUUGUGUAUUACAACUAGAGCAUAGUUCAAAGUGGCCAAACGACCUGAAAGGCAUAAAAUACAUAAAAACCGCAUUUUACAUGGAAAUGGCGAAAACGUUGGAAAAAAAAUACGGCAUUUUAACGAAUAUAACAAAAGAAUACCUGGAGGUUUUUUAUGAGGGUUUGGUGUUUAGAUACAAAAUUUAUUUACCUAAAGAAAUCGGUUUACUAAAAAGAUCCAUGGAAAAUGGCAGUGUGGCCUUCAGAGAUAACUUGGAGAGUUCAAAUUUGAAUAUGGAGUUGAAUAUACUACCAAAAACAACUGCUGGACUCAAAGGUAUACAGUCUCAACACCCAAGCUACGGACCAGGUACAGCCCUGAUAAAAAGAUGGUUGAGAUCUCAGCUAAUAGACGAUUUUCAUUUUCCCGAUAUCGUCGUAAAUUUACUUAAUGCCUCCCUGUAUUUAACAGGGACGAGUUUUGUAACACCAAAUACCCCGCAAAUGUCGUUUUUGAGGUUCUUAAAGUUCUUUAGCGAGUCGCAGUGGGAUUUACAGAGCGUUUUGGUUAACUUUAACGAUGAAAUAACAAAGGAAGAUAUCAUAGAUUUAGAAGGCAAAUUACAAGAAAAUAGGGAAGCACUACAACCUCUAUACAUAAUAACACCCUAUGAUAAUGGUCAAUCAAUUUUCACCAAAAACUCACCCACUAAACAAGUUUUAAGCAGGGUCAAAGAUUUAGCAAUUGCUACAUUAAGUUUUUAUAGCGAAAAAUUAUUAAAGUCGGAAAAAUGCGAUAUUAAGGAGUUAUUUUUGCCAAAUUGGCAAGGCUACAACCUACUAAUACAACUAAAUCCACUAUUAAACUCCAGAAGACACGAACGAAUUUUAAAUAGCGACGAAAGUAAAAUUUUAAUUGAAAAAUACGAUCCCAAAGUAAACUCAAAAAUCCCAAUUUGUGAUUUUAAUCCAGUAGAAAUAUAUUUGGAAGAACUCAGGGAAAACUAUGGCGAAUUUGCGUCAUUUUUUCACGAUACUUAUGGAGGAAAUACCAUUGGAGUUUUAUGGAACCCCAAAAUAUUUGAAAGUAAAGAUUUUAAAGUACCAAAUGUAAAUGGUAGAAAACUGGAAAACGAUAAACUAGUAACCAAUGUUGAUGCCCUUAUUGAAGAUUUCUACAUUAUCGGCAAAGACUUGGUGAAAACCAUAGAAGUACAAUAAUUUUAAGGAAAAAUAAAC